AUGAUUAAUGAUGAAGAAUAAAUUGAGGAAUAAAAUGUUAGAGUAAAAAAACAAUGCCAUGAUUAAUUAAGGGACAUUGGUUUAACAAAUUUUAGCAUUGGAUUUAUGUUUUUAAUAAUGUCUGUAAGCAAAUCAUUUUAUGGUAUUAUAUAAAAAUAAAGAGAAAAGAAAAUGAUGAGUGUAUAUACUUAAGAGAAAAAGGAUUAGACUUUGGAAUUGCUUCAUUAAUUUUAUCUAUUUUUUCAUUGUAAAAAUUAAUGAGAAUAGAUAAAGGGCCUUUUGUUUCUGUAUAGAUUAAAUGGAGAUCAAAAAUGCCAUAUAAGUUCACAAAUUCUUUACUUUUUUGACGUUUAUCAUAGGAUUUAUUUUCUUUGUGUUGUUGUUUGUAUUUUAUAGUUUAAAGAAAAAGUUAGGGGUUUAUAAGGGAGAGCCUUGCGGGGCAUUAAGAAUAUUAUCUAUAGUUUAUUUAGUUAUGGUUAUGUUUUCAUUGUUUUGCUUCUUAUUUGUGCUAUGCUGUUUAGUGCUUUUGACAGCAAAUGAUCAUUGA